AUGGAUCACUCCAGAGAUCCCUGCCCCUGGGUUGCUCUUAGCGACUUCGGUGGUGCUUUCUGUAUGGGUGCAAUUGGUGGUGCUGUCUGGCACGGUGUGAAGGGUUUCAGAAACAGCCCCUACGGAGAGCGUCGGAUAGGUGCCAUCACAGCCAUCAAGGCUCGUGCGCCGGUUCUCGGUGGUAACUUCGGUGUUUGGGGUGGUAUGUUCUCGACGUUCGACUGUGCGAUCAAGGGUAUCAGAAAGAAGGAGGAUCCUUACAAUGCUAUCAUCGCUGGUUUCUUCACUGGUGGUGCUUUGGCCGUUCGUGGUGGUGUCAAGGCUGCCAGAAACUCCGCUAUCAUGUGUGCUGUCUUCCUGGCUGUCAUUGAGGGUGUCGGUAUCGGUUUCCAGAGAAUGAUGGCCGACAACACAAAACUAGAGCUUCCUCCUGCCCCUCCGUCCGGCGACAAGGCCGUCGCUUAA